UAUUAGUUACACUUUCAUUAUAAUUCUUAAAAGUUGUUCGUGAUUUUUAGGUGAAAAAAACUGAUUUAGCCUGGGCACAAACUAACAAAUUAACAAAAAUGAGGUUCAGAUUUCUCGGCGAUGGCGACUGUCCAGACUGGUUGUUGGCGGAAAUCAACACGCUUUCGCGAAUGACUUCAAUUAAAAUGAAAAUGCUAGGUCAAGCAGUGGCUAAAUAUUUGACCGAAGGGGAACUUAAUGAGGAAAAAGUAAAAAAGAUCACACAAGACGCCAAACUUGAUGUAAGUGAUGCGAAAGCAAUAGUAGCCGCCCUCGAAUUGAUAUUCACAUCUUCCGCACGAUAUGGCGUUUCCGCCGCUGACUUGAGCAGCGAACUGCAACAAUUGGGACUUCCGCGAGAACAUAGCACAGCUGUAGCAAGGCUUCACACAGAUCACUGUCUCCAGAUCACGUCUGUUCUUUCAUCUCAAUCUUUAAGAGUCAGUCGCUUGUCCUCCAUCGAUGUACUACCUUGCGAUAGCUCGUCGCCUGUUUCCGCUGUGACGUUAAAAUUGAAGAAAGUAAAUGGAAAAGAGGAAGAUUCUACUAUAAAUAUCUCCAAAGAUGAUGUGCAAGUGUUAUUGAAGGAAUUGAAAAGAGCACGGGCGCUAAUGGAAAAUUUGUGAAUAUUAAAUAAAAUAAUAAUUGCGACAUUUUCUAUCAUAAUUAUUAUAAUUUACUGAUGAAAAAUAUUUGCUAUUUACCAAUAAACAUGUCAUGCAGAAAAUAAGAUUCUAUUC